AUGUGGGCUCCCUCCAGCGGGUGGGCGGCCGUGACCCUGGCCACGCUACAGGUGGGCGUGUUCGUGGUGGGCGUGCUGGGCAACGUGUCCGUGGCGGCGUCCGUGUGGCGGCGCGGGACGGGCGGCCAGCAGCAGCCGGGGUCGCACCGCCACUCCCUCCUGCUGUCGCUGGCGCUGGCGGACCUGCUGGUCAGCGUCUUGUGCCUGCCUGCUGCCGCCGUGCGCCUGCUGGCCCUGGCGUGGACGGCGCCGCCCGUGCUGUGCCCCCUGCUGGCCGCCGCGCAGAACACCGCCCACGCCGCCUCCACGCUGUCGCUGGCUCUGCUGGCCCUCGACCGCUACCUGUCCGUCCGCCGCCCCAAGCUGGCUCCGCGCGUGUCCGCCCUCACCGUCCGCCUGCUGGCGCUGCUGUGGCUGCUGGCGGCGCUGGCGGCGCUGCCGCGGGGCCUGGCGUCCCGCGUGCGGCCGCCGGGCUUCUGCGGCGAGGUGUGGCCGGCGCCCUCCACCAGGAUCGCCUACCACGCCGCCGUGGCGCUCGUGGUGCACGUGCUGCCCUGCGCCGCCGUCGUGCUGUGCCACGCCGCCGUGGCCGCGUCGCUGCGGCGCCGCGGCCUGGAGGACACCCGGCUGAACCUGCGGCCCCGGCAGGUGAUCAUCAUGGCGCGCGACUGCAGCGUGGGCGGCGCCAACAACCACAAGAUCGUGGCGGCGGCGGCGUCGAGUGAGGAGGACUCGGACGCGCAGGAGGACGAGCGCGCCGCCAUGGACGUCCGCGAGGCCGCCUUGCAGGCCACGCGCGACGCCGGCCGCGGCAGGGGGCCGCAGCCGCCGCCGAGGGCCGCCGCCGCCAUGAAGCCGGCGCGCAAUGUGCACACCAUCAUCCGCGCGCACCGCCGCAUGCGGCUGCGCGGGCCGCCAAACCCGCCCUCCAUCUUCACCUCGUACCGCGGGCACUCCGUCGAGACGCGGCGCCGCCUGGCCCGCCUGCUGGUAGCACUGGGCGCCGUCUUCGCCGCCUGCUGGCUGCCCUACGGGGUGGCGCUGGUGGCGUGGGCGUGCCGGGACGCGCCCGCCACGCGCCACGCCCUCGAGGCCACACUGGCGCUCGGCCACGCCCACUCUGCGGUCAACCCCGUGGUGUACUGGCUCAUGAACCGCGCCUUCCUCGCCUCCGUGCACCGCCUCCUGACCGCCCACCUGCGCUUCCCCAGCGGCCUCGCCUGCAGGGGCGGCUGCGCGCGCCCCGACUGCCUGGCGCGCCCGCCCGCGCCACCCUGGGCCGGCAACUCGUCCACCAACGAGGACAACUUGGGCGCCUUCCACCCGAAGUACCUCAACCCGCACGCCCUCCGCCCGCAGGCAUCCCGCUGCACCUCGCACUACUUCCACUAG